UCUUAUAAAAUUAAAUAACUCUCACACUAGCUAGUCUUAUUGCAAGAGAUGAUUUUCCGGGUAUCAGACAUUUCCAUCCCUUGGUUGAAGGAGUAUUUAGCAAACAGUUCUAUAAAUGGCCUGAGGUAUUUGUCAGGAGGACAGUAUCACUGGACAGAAAGGGUGUUUUGGUUCAUAGCUGUGACUGUUUCAUGCUAUUAUACUGUCAUAUUUACACUGGCUUCAUUCCAUGCAUACAAGAUGCAUGCUGUCAGUUUCACUACUGAAACAGAUUAUCUUCAUUGGAACACAAAAUUUCCGGCAUUUAGUGUAUGUGAAAUUACUGGUGUAAACGAUGUGAAAUUCGGUGCACUGGCAUCAAAACGAUGGACAGCGGCGGUGUCGACGAGCAGCGGCAAGCGCGUUGAUCACGCGCAGGGGCAGCAGGUGGCGGGCAAUGGCAUGGACAGCUGCGACAGCGGGGCAGUAAAAUUUACAGGCAAAAUUAAUUACAACCAGAUUGAUUACUGGGAAAAUAUAGCCUUUUACCAGGGAUCGAUUAUUGAACACAAGAAGUGUUCUGGUGAUGUUAACUGCUCUACAAAUUAUGAAGAAAUAAUUUGGGAGUUUAGAUACAGAUGUAACAAAUUACUUUAUGACUGUCACUGGAAUGGUAAACCAUUUGACUGCUGUCAAAAUUUCCUGCCUCUACAAACAGAAGUGGGUCCAUGUUUCUCCAUUAAUUCUGAAAAUACCAGAAAGAAGAAUGGAUUACUGAAGACAGUUUCAAACUAUACAACUGGACCUGGUUCACUCUAUUUCAAAGUAAGAGCUGCUGUAAAGGUUUACAUGCACUCAGAAGGAAAUGUGCCAACCAACAGUCACUCACUGGAUGAAAUGUUCAAAGUAUUCUAUCCUCAGUACCUUGAAGUGUUGUUUACGGUGAAGGAGGUAGUCAAUGAUCCAAUGCUGUAUGAGGUAGAACCCAGUGGAAGAGAUUGUCUGUUUCGUAAUGAAGUUCCCACAGGUGUGUACCCAUAUUAUAGCUUCACAACAUGUCUGGUUCAGUGCCACAAACAACACCAUUUGAAGUUCUGCAAUUGUACCCAUCAUAUGAUGCCAAAUUCUGCUGAUGAGGUCUGUGGCAUUGAGGGACUAGCCUGCCUUAAUGGUUAUAAUGAACGUCUAGGAAUAUUGAAAGCUGCUUGGGAAACCAAGAAGCUUGGUAUAGUCUGUGACUGCAGAACAUCAUGUGAUGACCAAGAAUACAAUGUGGUAUGGAAACAUGCUACAACAAAACGUGGAGGGAGCACUAAUUAUGAGAGCUUUGUGUCAGAAAUUUCACUUAAAAUGCACUCUCUGCCUGUGGAAAGGUUCAAACGAAAUGUUGUAAGGACCAAACUGGAUUUGGUUGUAUCAAUAGGAGGGACUGCUGGAUUUUUCCUUGGAGCAAGUUUGCUCAGUGUUGUUGAAUUUGUAAUGUAUUUUUUUGUGAGAAGUAUUUACCAUUGUGUAAAUAUAAAUGACUCCAAUGCAAACAAAAAUCAUAGAAUGAAGGUAAUCUCACAUGUAACAGAGUUUGCCAAGCCUUUCAGCAAUAAUUUUAAGCAGCAAAUCAGAUACCCUUCUCCAUGGGAUUUUCAGAAGUAAUUCUCAUUUCAUGUGGUUUAGCCAUAUUAUCAACUAGAAUCUAUGUUGCUCAUGAAAUAAUAUACUUUAUCAACUUUUAUUAAUAUGUAAUAAGCAACUCCAUGUUAUUACAAUGCUAUACACACUAUAUGUUAUAUAAUGUCACAUUGCCAGUAGAGAUAACAAUAUCACUGAUAUCUUGUUACUUCUACAAUUAAUCCCAUAUUUGCUUGAUUAGUGUUAAUUUUCAUAAUAUAAUGUGCAAGAUAUUUUUUAAGCAGAUGCCAUAUGAUUUAGUACUGUGUUUAAAUUGAAACAUAAAUCAUGCUGCUUAUUUACAUUAUUCUAUUAGAUGUUGCACAAAUCUAUAUUGAGGAUCUGUAGUUAAGCAUUGAUUGCACAUAACAAUAGUUGUAAGGGAAUAUUGAUGGAACAUUGUUAUGAUUCCAAAGUGAUGUCAUAAGGGACACAUGAAUGAAAACUUGCACUGUUACAUGAAAUUAAGACUCACUGUUAUACAGAAAAUAUUUAAAUUAUGGGGAGUAAGUUUGUGUAUUAGUAUAAAAGUUACCUGAAGAAUAAAAUGUUAUGGAUAUCUGUGGUUAUCAAUAAAUCCAUUCCGAUUUCAUGGAGGAAAUCUUGUUGCACUCUAUUUACUGUGAGGAUCAACUGACAUUAAAUUUUCUGAAUAUUUAUCUUUCUUAUAAAGAGAAUAAUGGAUCUUCUGUGACAACAUAGUAAACAGAUAUACCCUGUCUCUUAAAAAUGGAUAAUAGGAAUUUAUUGUUCAUGAUUUCUAAAAAAAUCUGGUAUAUUAAGU